AUGGAGGAGAGUUCGGUCAGCUACGGCACACCGACCAAUGGUGCAUCGCCGGGCGCCAACCCCAUCCUGGCGCAACCGCCCCUUCCCGAUACCAAUGAUGCUAACGAAAGCGAGGGUCCUGCAAUCAAGCAAGACAGCACCACUCCAGCACCUGGCGCGGCAUCAGACAAUCCCCUCGACGCGCCCGAGGGCCCUCCAGCAGAGACGGCUGGCAGAGAUGAGGAGAUGGGAGACGCGCCAAAGGACGAGUCAGGGCAGACCGAGGGCGCCGGCCAGGACGGCGCGGGCGAGGUCAAGUCAAAGGAGUUUAUCGAGAAUGCUGCGAGGGAACAUCUGAUUUCCCAGACUCACGCCAUCGUUCUUCCGAGCUACAGCACUUGGUUCGAUAUGAACACCGUUCACAACAUCGAGCGGAAAGCACUUCCCGAAUUUUUCAACAAUAGGAAUCGAAGCAAGACACCCGCGGUAUACAAGGACUACCGCGACUUUAUGAUUAACGCCUACCGGCUGAACCCCGUCGAAUAUCUGACGGUCACCGCCUGCAGGCGCAACCUAGCGGGCGACGUCUGUGCCAUCAUGCGUGUGCACGCCUUCCUGGAACAAUGGGGUCUCAUCAACUAUCAGGGCGAGAGCAAGACGAACGGUGAAGCGCCGACGACUAAUGGUGUGUCUGGAACUGAGGAGCUCACCAAGGCUCCGAUUGUCAAGAUCAGCUGCUUCAACUGCGGCACCGACUGCACUCGCAUCUACUACCACAGCUCGCAAUCGGACCCGAAUAGCAAGACCAAGUACGACCUGUGCCCGAGCUGCUACCUCGAGGGACGUCUGCCUGGCAACCAGACCAGCGCCCACUACACCCGCAUGGAGAACCCCACCUAUUCAUCCAUUCUCGACCGGGACGCGCCAUGGAGUGAUGCCGAGAUUCUCCGGCUUCUCGAGGGGCUCGAGCGCUACGACGAGGACUGGGGCGAGAUUGCCGACCACGUGGGCACUCGGACACGCGAGGAGUGUGUGCUUCAAUUCCUGCAGCUCGACAUCGAGGACAAGUAUCUGGAGUCUGAGAGGCUGGACGCGCCGAUCGGUCUCCAAAUGCUGGGCAGCCACGGUGGGCAACUUCCGUUCAGCCAGACGGAUAACCCGGUCAUGUCGGUUGUCGGCUUCCUCGCCAGCCUUGCCGACCCGGCCAGCACCGCUGCCGCCGCCAACAAGUCGGCCGAUAUUCUCAAGCAGAACCUCCGGAACAAGCUCGAAGGUGGGUCGCAGGGUGAUGCGGAGGCGAACGGCAAGGGCAAGGAGAAAGGAGGGCGCUCAUCCGCGCUGGCGAGCAUCCCGCUCGCGGCGGUCGGUGCUCGUGCUGGCGGCCUCGCUUCGCACGAGGAGCGCGAGAUGACACGGCUCGUAUCCUCCGCUGUCAACGUGACGCUCGAAAAGAUGGAGCUCAAGCUCAAGUACUUCAACGAGAUGGAGGCCAUCCUGCAGGCGGAGCGGCGCGAGCUGGAACGCGCCCGCCAGCAGCUGUUCCUCGACCGCCUUUCCUUCAAGCGCCGUGUGCGGGAGGUCCAGGAGGGGCUCAAGCAGGCGGCCGCGGUCGGCGGUGAGCAGGGCGCCCGCAUGGCCCAGGAGCUCGCGAUUGAUGGCCAGCGCAUGAGCUUCCACGCCCCACCUGCCGCGGGAGCGGUGCAGCCGUUGAGUGCCGAGGGUCAGAUAAAGAGCUACGAGGCUUAG